CAGACAACUGCCAUCAUGUCGACUGAGGAUACGGGAGGGACUUACCAUAGAUCCUGUACUGGCAUUGCCCAAGAAACAGUGGCCAAGCACCCGUCAUCUGGUACCCAAGAUAUCACUCUGUUUGGUAGCUGUUUCUGCCCUUUCGUUCAGCGUGUCUGGGUAGCUUUGGAGUGUCUGGAAAUACCUUAUAACGUGGAUGAGGUUGAUCCGUACCAGAAGCCCAAGGAUCUUCUGGAAGUAUCCCCAAAAGGACUCGUCCCUGGACUCAAACUCCACAACUUCAGCCCACCUAGGGCCCUCAACGAGAGUACAGUAAUCAUGGAAUAUAUCCAAGAUGUUUCAACCAAUUUAACCGGGCGCAGCCUUCUUCCGCCCACUUCGAAUCCUUACGCUCGGGCCCUCGUGCGUCUCCAGUCAGACCAUGUCAAUCGCUCUCUUGUACCAGCGUUCUAUCGCUAUCUCCAAGCGCAAGACACCUCCUCCCAGAUUGAAUCGUGUAAAGAGCUCCAUUCCUCUAUUCAAGGACUUGUUGCACUCCUCGAAAGGGCUGAAAAGGAAAUUGUUGGUGUCGGAGGCGUCUCUGGUGAAGGAGAAAAGAAAGCCCUAAGCAUUGGACUCGGGCUAUGGAUCGAAGGUAACAACGAGCUUGGAUGGAUUGACAUUAUGGCGGGACCUUGGCUGUUUCGCGCUACGAAUGUUCUGAAACAUUAUCGAGGAUUUAUUAUGCCGUCCGGUCAAAAAUUCAAAGCCUGGAUGUCCAAGCUUCUUGGACACCCUGCAUUCGCUCGAACCUGUAGCACGGAGGGCUUGUACCUGGAUAGCUAUGAAAGAUAUGCUUUCAAUCGCCCCAACACUAGCCAAGUCGCUAAUGCUAUCAACUCUGGCCGAGCCCUCCCUUAGGCAAAUCAUGAACAAAGGUAUAUGCUAUUCGCCGAAGUAGCAAACGAGACAAAAUAAAAUUGUAUCACUAUAUGUAAUAUUAGCCGUUGAUUUUCCAUCGCAAUCUACCAGCAGGUACCACUCGACAGGCU